AAUGUCAUAAAAAUCAAACUCAAACUAGAAAAUUUUAAGUGCCGUAGGUUAUAUGUAAUUUUUGAAGUUUAAAUAAUUUAAAAUUGCAAAAAAAUCUCAAAAUGCUCAUCACUUCAUCAUGCAAGAUAAAGGAAUUAUUGAAAAAGAGCGGAAUAAGGUUCUACAGUUUAUGUUGUCCGCCGCGGCGCUCGACUUGCUCGCCCGGCGGCGGCGUGCCCGGCGCGUGUCGCCCUUCUAAUAUCCCAGCAAACCCUUGCUGUCCACACUACCCUAAAACAGCUUUAAAACGAUACAAGUACAUCUCGCUCUUCAUAUGUUUGCCGCUCAUUCUCUUUCAAGCAAUCCUCGUUAGCGGAUGUGCUCCUACGCACAAGACAGAAUGUCGCGAUUACGAGUAUAUGCGCAUCCGCACGAAAAAAUAUCCAUGGGGUAGCGGUCAAGAAACCCUUUUUCAUAACGAACACGUAAACUUUCUGCCGGGUGAAUGCGUACCACCACCGCUCGAUUGUGAUUGAACCUAUCCUACUAAUUAAACCGAUAUUUUACACGAUUCAUUCAUAACCCUAAGUACAUACGACCGAUACCUUCGUAUCAAUGUCUCGUUUACGGUUGCAAGAAAAAUAUAAAUAGAACACCAAGGGUCUGCGAGGGAGCGAUGCGCACGCAUCGGAACGAGAAAGGGCGUCAGUCGGCGUCGGCGCGCUAAUG